ACGGAGUAAAAUCAAACAGCACACUGACUUUUCCAUUAUUCCUUUACCAAUAUCUUCCGCUGGGCGACCGCGCUCGCGGGCUACAAGUACAACAACCGGGUGAAUGCAGAACGACUAGUAAGGCGUCUUUAGAAACAUUCUUAAUAUUUGAUAUAUUUAUUUAUAUUUAUGCAACCUGUUCGUCCGCAUCCAUAAUUCGUGAAUGUUCGGCUCUCGUGAGCCCAAGGACACUGACUGAGCAUUGUGCAUUACAAAACUAUCACCUGAGGAAUACGAUAAGGGACUCAACAUCUGUCAGAGCGACUUCACGAAGAAGCAUCACACAGGAAUAUUGUCUUUGGUGUUUUUAAAUCAUAUUAAGACAGGACAUAAGCUGUAUAGUUCUCAAGGCAAAAUGCCGAGUAUUCGACAGUCGUACACGGUCACUGUCCCGGAGGAACCCCCGAUAUCUGCCUUCCCGUUCAUCAAACAGGAUAUGCGCAGAAAAAGUCCAACGAUGUCUCGCUCUAUGCUGGUGUCCACUUUUGUGGGGCUUCUCAUUAACCAGGCUAAGAACUCGAAGAAUGCUCAGGGUCUUGUGGGCCUCAGGAAUCUAGGAAAUACUUGUUUCAUGAACUCCAUACUGCAGUGUCUGAGCAAUACUCAUGACCUGAGAGACUACUGUCUGCAUAACAAGCACCGCACUGACCUCAACAACAACUGCAGGGCCAAAGCUGCACUGAUGGAGGAAUUUGCCAAGCUCACUCAGACUCUAUGGACAUCAGCUAGCAGUGAAGCCAUCAGCCCCUCUGACUUCAAAAUGCAGAUCCAGAAAUAUGCUCCUCGAUUCGUGGGCUACAAUCAGCAGGAUGCUCAGGAGUUCUUGCGGUUUCUACUGGAUGGACUCCAUAACGAAGUAAACAGAGUGACAGUGAAAUCCAGAUUGCCAAUAGAGGACUAUGAUCACCUCUCGGACGACGAGAAAGGCAAGAGAAUGUGGAACAAGUACCUGGAGAGUGAGGACAGCAAUGUAGUUGAUCUGUUUGUUGGCCAGCUGAAAAGCUCAUUGACGUGCAGCGAGUGUGGCUACUGUUCAACUGUGUUUGAUCCUUUCUGGGAUCUGUCUCUACCUAUCGCUAAGGCUUCAGGAGAAGUGAGUUUGAUGGAUUGCCUUCGUCUUUUUACCAAGGAGGAUGUACUAGAUGGGAAUGAGAGACCAACGUGCCACAGAUGUAAAACCAGACGUAGAUGCACGAAAAAAUUCACAAUUCAGAAAUUUCCCAAAAUCCUGGUGCUUCAUCUGAAGCGUUUCUCUGAGUGUCGAGUCAGAACCAGCAAACUCUCCACCUUUGUGAACUUCCCCCUCAAAGAGCUGGACCUCAGGGAAUUUGCAUCUGAUAACAGCAUAAGCGCAGUCUAUAAUCUGUAUGCUGUGUCGAAUCACACUGGUACAUCUUUGGGUGGCCAUUAUACAGCGUACUGCCGCAAUCCCUCUAAAGGAGAGUGGUACACCUACAAUGACUCCAGGGUGAGCCCCAUGUCGUCCAGCCAGGUGCGCAGCAGUGAUGCAUAUGUGCUUUUCUAUGAAUCUGCAACCUCAUCACGCCUGUGAUCAGUCCUGCCCAAAGGCUACAACGAACAAAGCCGUGGAUAUAAUAAACCCUUCUGCUGCUGUCGGACUAAAUCUUGGUCUGGGUCUACAUGCUCAGAUCCUAAGAUUAAAUUCCAGCGGAGGACCAUGGGACUUCAUACCAAGCAUAUGAUCCGAGGAAAGGAACUGAAUAAGGCCUGGAUAUGAAGCCUAGAAUGAGAGUUUAGAUCAAGCCCAGAUUGAGCUUCAGUGUAAGGGCUUCUCCAUCCAUCAUUCCCUUUGAAAGAGGCUGCUUUGGGAAUUUGUUUAAUAAACUGAAACUGAGGGACAUGAACACUACUUCUCUUGAAUGAGCAGGACUAUGUGUGUGUACUUGUGUGUCAGUCACCAGACUGAUAUUGUAGGACUUGUGUAUGCACUGUGUAACUGGAGGACUCUGGCUAUACAAGCAGUCACCAUGCUCCCAUGCCUUAUUUAAUUUAUUAACAUGAGUUCAAUGUUAUACUUAAUAUAGAGCUAAUUUCUACUCAUUUAACCCUUGUGCGUCAAUUUAAAAAAGUCACUCAGAGAUUUGUUUAUCUACUGCCCCUGUUGUUCUUCAUUUUUUUGGAUUAUCACAGUCUGGGAUAUUUCAAUGAUUAGCAGCAACAUUGAUUUUGAUGCAUUAUUAUUUUUGUGCAGUGUCAGAUUAAAAAAAAUAAAACACUCAGUACAUUAGAGGACAAAAAUAUCCUGCCAUAAAAAUAUUAUAUAUUAAUAUUAUUUUCCACUUUCACUGACUUAACCAACAUAACUACCAAAUAUUAAUUCAUUUUCAGGAUUGUAACCCUUUAAAUGCUAGAUUGUUUACAUAAUGCCACUGUUGUUGUUUACACACACACACACACACACACACACACACACACACACACACACACAUUUCUCAAUACAAACAUACAAAACACACUCUGACAUCCACACAAACACACCCACACAAUUUUAGCAGCAUCAUUUAUUAAAUUGGCCGGCAGUCCUCUAUAAUACAGCAAACAUGAAAAUAGGAAAGAAAUCAAGUAUUUGCUCCAUAGGCUAAACAUGAGAAAAAUGACUCCAUCUAGUGGAAAAUAGAAAAGAAAAUUGCUUUGAACAAAUUGGAUAAAAUAUUGCCAUUUUAAUGGCUUUCAAUGGGCACAUUUUUGUCCUGAGAACUGAGAUUGAAAUAUCAAAAUUCCCUUAAAAAUAUAUACCUCUGGCAAACAUUAUGCCAUUGGCAUUAACACAGCCAAUAAAAUGGUAGAAGAAAAUGAAAAAGACAAAAUUGUCCCGAAGUUCACGCAAGGGUUAAAUGUGAGGUCAUCUUGCUGGGGUACCACAUAGGUCAACAGUGUAAAUGAUGCUUGGAUGGUUUAAUCAAUUGUUUACUGUUCUAAACAGAAGAUAUGUGUCUGCUUUGGUGAUUUACGUCAUUAUAUGCACAUUGGGAGGGCUGGUUGUACACUAUUGCUUUGCUCUGCCCCUUCUACACCCUCACCAUUGCAGAGAUGAUUGUAUCUUUUCCACCCUGGUGGCCAGGAGUUGUAAAACUGAAUACAAACUAUGGAAGUCCAUCUCAAAAGAGUAUUCCCCUCUUUGGACCUUUUCCUGACACACUUUUAAUCCUCUGUGAGCAAUACAGGAUUUGAAAGAGGCCUUAAUUAGUUUUUUCUCUCCUUUUUUUCCAGGGACAACAACGUUAUUGUUAUUUAGGGAUGAGUUUUCAUAGAACAUGAAGCCACCAGGAGUGUGUGUGUGGGUGUGUGUGAAAGGGAGAGUAUGUGUGUGUGUGUGUGUCCUUAUGUAUUAUUUCUCUAUUUAUGAUGUGAGUGUUGUGACUGUAGCUUAUUGUGCUUGAACGAGACCAUGUUGUUUUUUUCUACAGAGAGAUUUUAAAAAAGUGGUAGUUUUGUGUAUGAAAUGUGACUGUAGUGUACUGCAUAUCAAGUAACUUUGACUUUCUUAAAGUCAAUUUGACUUUCUUAAAGUCAUAUACAUAAAUAUGAAUAAAAACAUAUUUAAAUGAAUAAUUGUGAAUUGUGUGCAU